AUGCGACACAAUACGUGUCACCUGCCCAAUGGGCAACUCUUCACUGUCACACCCGUGUUUGGUGGCGUCAUGUUCAAGUCAAAGGAUGCGCAUACCAGCAGCUCCAUUCUGCCUCCGGGCUGGAACAUCGUCCUCUCCACCAAACAUCACGGCGAUCAACCCACUCUGGAAGGCCAGGCGGCCGAGGAGACGGGGGACCAAGAGACAGGUCCCAUUCAGGGCAAAUUCAUCUCUCCCACUCUGCAAGAUGACAGUCUCUAUAUCUCGUAUAUGGUCAACCCCUCGGACAGUGACUAUAAGCCACCCACUUCACCCACCCGUCAGAUUGCGAUGAUGCUCUGGGUUACCCUGUGGUGGUACUUCCACGAACCGGAGCCCAACCCGCAUAUGCAAACGGAGGCGUCGGCAAACACGCCUCCGUGGGGAAGACCGAAGGGGGACUGGCGCAUCUACCUCCGGCGGGAGGGCAUCUUCAAGGGUCGCAAUCUGUUACAGAAGCUGGAGCGCAUGGGGAUCAUCAGCAGCGAGGCGUCCUGCGUCGGUGCUGACCCGUCCGAUCAAGACAUCUGGAGCUCGAUGUUCGUCAGCCGACGCUCGUUCUGGCAGCUCGAUCCCCGGCUGUUUCUCUUCACCCUGACGCCGCAGUCCUCGGCACACACCUUUGCCCCCGCGCGCAACAGUAUGUACCUUGCCGAGUCUCACGCCACCUCGGGGGAGGCCCUAGCUCCGUACGCACCCAGCGAGGGGCCGUAUGCCUCUGGAAGCCAUCUCCCGACGUACUUUCCGCCGCCGCCCACCCAGUACAUCUACACGAAUGGAGUGCGGCACCCCGUCCGGCCCAAGCCGCCUCACCAGGGCGAGGUGUUUUACGUGCGGUACAUCCCUAGCGUGCAGCAGUACCUGUCCUUCCGGGUGCCUUAUCUGCCUUCUGCCAAGACGAGAGGGCCGGCCUCGUCUGCGCUGCAGAAUGACGGCCCGUCCGAUCUAGACCUUCUGCACAAGUGGAUGAACGAUCCCCGAGUGAAUGCGUCCUGGGGAGAGGGCGGUCCAAUCGAGAAGCAGGAGGAGUUUUUGCGCCACAACUUGAGUAGCCGACACAGCUUCCCGGUGAUUGGAUGCUGGGACGGGAAACCGUUUGGGUACUUUGAGCUUUACUGGGUCAAGGAGGACCGUCUGGGCCCGCUCAUUGGGGGAGCGGGCAACCACGAUCGGGGCAUCCAUUUGCUGGUGGGCGAGCAGGAAUUCCGAGGUGCCCACCGAGUUGCCAUUUGGCUCGAUGCGUUGGUGCACUGGUGUUGGCUGUCGGAUCUGCGCACGGAGACGGUCAUGUUGGAACCCCGGGUGGAUAACGUCAAGGUCAUUGAGUACCUUCAGCGAUCGGGCUUCUACAAGGAGGGUGAGGUUACAUUCCCCCAUAAGCAGUCGGCCGUGAUGAAGAUCAAACGAGAUUCGUGGGAGGCGCCGGCUGCGUAA